UGAAUAUUAACUAUUAUUAAAAUAAGGUCUUGACCAAUGCCACGCCUCUAUGUGGGUUGCUUUUUCUAAGCGGUCACGUUGCGUUGCGGCAUUGAAACUAGAGGUUGCCGACAGCAAGGUAUCUUUUGCAUCACUCUCCUAAGCAGGUCACUUUGAGCCGCAGACAUCAUGACGCACCAGUACCCCGCACUCACAACUGAGCAGAAGAAGGAGCUGCAGGACAUUGCUCAGCGUAUCGUAGCUCCUGGGAAGGGCAUCCUUGCUGCAGAUGAGUCCACAGGUAGUAUGGCAAAGCGCCUGAACCCAAUCGGCGUCGAGAACACAGAGGAGAACCGCCGUCUUUAUCGUCAGAUCCUUUUCUCUGCUGACGAGCGCAUUGACAAGUGCAUUGGUGGUGUUAUCUUCUUCCACGAGACCCUCUACCAGAACGCUGAUGAUGGCACAUGCUUUGCCAAAAUGAUCAAGGACAGGGGCAUCGUUGUGGGAAUCAAGGUUGACAAAGGUGUCGUCCCUCUGGCAGGAACAAAUGGAGAGACCACAACACAGGGGCUUGAUGGCCUGUCAGAACGCUGUGCUCAGUAUAAGAAAGACGGAGCGGACUUUGCCAAGUGGCGUUGCGUGCUGAAGAUCAGUGAGACCACUCCCUCAGAGUUGGCAAUCAUGGAGAACGCUAACGUCCUGGCUCGCUAUGCCAGCAUCUGCCAGCAGAAUGGUAUUGUGCCCAUUGUGGAGCCAGAGAUUUUACCUGAUGGUGACCACGACUUGAAGCGCUGCCAGUAUGUUACAGAGAAGGUCCUUGCUGCCUGCUACAAGGCCCUGUCUGACCAUCAUGUCUAUCUGGAGGGAACUCUUCUGAAACCCAACAUGGUGACAGCUGGUCAUGCCUGCCCCACCAAAUAUAACAGUCAGGAAAUUGCCAUGGCAACAGUGACAGCUUUGCGCCGUACCGUUCCCCCUGCAGUAACAGGUGUGACUUUCCUCUCUGGAGGUCAGAGUGAGGAGGAGGCAUCCGUCAACCUGAAUGCCAUCAACAACUGCCCUCUGACAAAACCCUGGGCCCUCACCUUCUCUUAUGGACGUGCCCUGCAGGCCUCUGCCCUGAACGCCUGGCGCGGAGUCAAGGACAAUGAGAAGGCCGCCACAGAGGCGUUCAUCCAGCGUGCUGAGGCUAAUGGAUUGGCUGCUCAGGGCAAGUACGUCUCCAGUGGAACUGGUGGAGCAGCAGGACAGUCCCUUUUUGUGGCCAAUCAUGCCUACUGAACAUCCUGCACCCCAACGUUCCAGCUUCCGCCAGCCUAUAGUAUAGUGCACAGCUGCUACACUUCCUGUCACCAACCAAUCACAGGCCUGUCGCUGUCUUCUGUACUUUGGGGUUGUCAUUGCAAUGUCUUAUAAUGUAUCUAUUUAAAAUGUAUUAAACUUUAGAAACAGAAUGGUACGCAGGAGAUUUAUUUUUAUUUUUGAAGAGUUCUAGGCAUGGUUUCAUGCUAAAAAAGGAAACAGUAUUUUUUUGUGGCCCGUUAGCAAAUGGAUGUACAUGUAUGUCAGCUGUUUGUUUUUAUUAUUCCAAUUUAAGUCAUUCCAAUUCAGGCACCAGCCACUCGAGUUGACUUGUCACAUUCCUUUCAGUGCAGUAUGGCCUCAUCGGUCCUCAUAAUGAUGUAUGGAUGAUGUGAGUACUGGAGUUCAGAUCAUUGUAUCCCAGCAGGGGCAGCUUAUCCUAUAGGAAAUGAAACCGUGUAAUAUAUAAUUGCUAGUUAACAUGAUUAACUCCAGACUCUGAGGAAUAUUAUUUUGUGUUGUGUUCACAUAUAAUAUUAAUGCGUUGUCUGGGCUGUGUGACUUUUCAAGAAAGUUAAUAAAAUCCUAACAAUAUUGGUUUGAAAACAAGAACGGUUAUUUUAAAAUUGUGCUCUGUUGUGUUGUGUGCUUGAGUGUAUCAUGCUCUCCCUCUCCUCCCCAAAUUUGUGACAGUGCUACAUGAAUAAUAACCUAUUGGUUGUAAACGGCGGAGCGGACCAAACUGGAGCUUCUGGGGAGGGGAACACUCACUGCUCUGUUGACAAAAUGUGAUAUUGUGAUUUGAUGUUGUUCUCUAAGCACUUUCUGUGUCAGGUAGUAAAAUCUAAAAUAAAAAUACUGCAAAACCCUA